AUAUGUAAAUAUUUAAUGUACCAUACGAAUCGUUGAAAAUAAAAAUACACAUUUAAGAAAGUUAAACGAUCGUUCGAUUAUCGAAUACAAACGCUAUCCUAGUUCCAAAUUUCUGUUAGAUUAGCAACUACUUACAUUCGUUACAAAACGAGCAAAUUUACCAUUUGUCCGUCGUAUCAAUGUUGUAAAUAAAGGGGAGAAUUGGCUGUAUUAAUUAAUUGCUCACAUGAUAGACAAAAACAAGACUCUCCUCAGGACAGUUCGAUUGUAGUUGCCAUGCGAAUUAUGUGCUCGAUACUAUAACUCGGUUCAUUGACUUUAUUUUUGUUAAAUUAUCGUACGGCCUCCCGUCGAAAACAGUUUAAAAAAUUAGAAUCAAUAAUUGUAACAUUCACCCCGCGAUCGUCGGAUACGUUGACAAAACGCGUGGAAGUUCAACUAGCGCGUAGAAUGGAGUAUCAGAAUCGAUUGUGCAUGAAAAAAUACUUAAUUUAUACUACGGAUUUGAUGCGGUUUAGUAUAAAUUAAAUGAACGCCGGUCAAUAGUGUAUCUUUUAUGUAGAUGAAUUUUUUUUAUUUAAACAUGUGAUAUAUUUUUUCUUGGCGUUCUUUCAAGUUGUAUGUAUAAAUAAUGAUGUUCUGGAUUGUUUCCCUGGUAGCAAUCAUUUUGCACUUUAGUUCUGCACAAACCAAACCUGAGUCACAAGGUUUUUGUGCGCCAUACAGUGGAAAUGUUUGUAAGAAAUAUCUAACUGGAAUUGGGAAAGUGUGGUUCAAUGAUUCCAACGAUAAUCCCGGAGGAUGGUUGAAUGAACGUAUCACAACUAAUUUAUGGGAGGAAUUGAUACAACGACUUGUUGAACCAUGUCGUUCUGCUGCAGAGAAAAUGCUAUGUAUGUAUGCCUUUCCGCGGUGCCAUAACUCGGUUGGUCUACCAUUAUGUUAUGAAGACUGUAUGGCAGUACGUCAUCAAUUCUGUUUCAAUGACUGGGCAAUGAUAGAGGAUAACAAACAGAGAGACAUCUUUAUCAGAUCAAGAGGACAUUUCACAUUACCAGAUUGUGAAUCACUGCCAAAAAUAGUUAAAGGAAAAAUGACCUGUUCUCACAUUCAUUUGACUGAUAUGAAUGAAGAACUUGUCACAUACGACUGUGUCAAAGGCAAUGGUAGAUUUUACAUGGGAAAAGUAAAUAAAACAAAACUAGGUUUGGAUUGUCAGUCAUGGAAUGCACAAAUACCACAUAGUCAUGAUAGACCACCAGAUGUCUUCCCUCAAAUUCGUUUUGGAGAAAAUUAUUGUAGAAAUGCAGGUGGAGAUGAACCAAUGCCAUGGUGUUUCACCAUGGAUCCUAAUAUUAGAUGGCAACAUUGUGAUAUUCCUAUAUGCGCCCAAAAAACAUCUGGUCCUGAAAGGGUCAAUGCAGAUAAUGUAACAAGCAAAGUUUUAGAGAUUGAUCCUAAAGAUUUAAUAAUGGAUACAUUAUUUACUCCAAUGUUUAUAUUGAUAUUGACUUCAUUGGGAUUUGUAAUUAUAGCAGGAACUUUAUUAUCCAUUAUUUUAAGUCACAAAUUACAUAAACGACAUCAAGGAUAUAACCCCACAGAUAAUCAGUAUGUCAAUAUUGAUUUGGACAAGUUACCGAGCAAUGAUGCAUACCAUAAAACGAGCGCACAACUUAAUCCGAAAUUAGAAAAAUUGGAGUUUCCAAGGAAUAAUAUCAUUUACGUUCGAGAUUUGGGACAGGGCGCUUUUGGCAGAGUAUUCCAAGCAAAAGCGCCAGGUCUCGUUCCAGGUGAAGAAUUCACCAAUGUUGCUGUAAAGAUGUUAAAAGAAGAAGCGUCAGACGAUCUUCUAAAAGAUUUUGAACGAGAAGCAUGCCUUCUCGCCGAAUUUGAUCACCCAAAUAUCGUAAAAUUAUUAGGUGUAUGCGCCUUAGGCCGACCAAUGUGUCUCCUUUUCGAGUACAUGGGUCGCGGUGAUUUGAAUGAAUUUUUACGAUCUUGUUCACCAGGCAAUUAUAUUAUUCGAAACUUGGAAAAGGACGAACAUUUCACAGAUUCUCGUUUAUCACAUAUGGAUUUAAUUAAUAUUGCGCUUCAAGUAGCAUCAGGAAUGGUGUAUUUGUCGGAUCGAAAAUUCGUUCAUCGGGAUCUUGCAACGAGAAAUUGUUUGAUCAAUGACCAAAUGAUCGUAAAGAUAGCAGAUUUUGGCUUGUCACAAAAAAUCUAUUUACAAGAUUACUACAAAGGUGAUGAACAAGAUGCUAUUCCAGUUAGAUGGAUGCCUUUAGAAAGUAUAUUGUACAAUAAGUAUACCGUCGAAUCUGAUGUAUGGGCAUUCGCGGUGUGCUUAUGGGAAAUAUUUAGUUUUGCGCUUCAACCUUAUUACGGAAUGACGCAUGAAGAAGUUGUAAAAUAUAUUAAAGAAGGCAAUGUGCUCCAGUGCCCUGAAAAUACUCCGCCGGCGGUAUAUGAUCUGAUGAAGCUCUGUUGGAACAGAAGACCGUCAGAUAGGCCUACUUUCAGAACAAUUUAUAACACCCUCGAUACUAUAAAAUACAAUCUGGAAGCAGAAAAUAAGUCGGAUAGCGUACCAUUGCGUAUUCAUGUUUGAGCCUGAUAAUAAUUUGUCUCUGAAGAAAAUUCAAUUAUAUAUUCAUAUAAUUAUGAAAUAAGUGAUAUUUAUGGAAAAGUAAAGGUAAGUAAGUGGUAAAUUAUACUACAUGUUAUACACAACUGCCUUUGUUACGUUUGUUAUGUAGCCUUAUUAAAUGAAUUAAUCGAAAUAUUUAUGAAAAAUGUGUUAAUAGUAACACAUAUUGGCUACUAUUAUGUUUGACAUAAGAAUGAUUACAUGAAUGCAUCAAGUCAUAUUGGAAUCAGUUUUGAUUUAUAUCUAAUUCUUGUAAAUAUACGUAUACAUUACUAAAUCAAUCUUUUUUUACAAAAUGAAAUAUUUUAAAUUGUUUCUUAAUCGUAUUUGCAGUUAAUAGUAACACAUAUUGCCUAUUAUUAUAUUUACAAGAAUGAUUGCAUGAAUGCAUCAAGUCAUAUUGAUAAUCGG